AAUCUUGCAGAAUCAUCACGAUGAUGAUCUCGUUUCUACUCCAUCUCCUCUUCCUAUGUUUCUCCUCUUUCGCAGCCGCGCAACAGCCUUAUGUCGGGGUAUCGACAACCGAUUGCUCUGUUUCCGACAACUCAACUUCUCUUUUCGGCUACUCUUGUAACGGUCUCAACAAAACUUGCCAAGCUUACGUCAUUUUCCGAUCUACUCCUCCUUUCUCUACCGUCUCAUCCAUCUCUUCCCUCUUCUCCGUCGACCAAUCUCUCGUCUCCUCCCUCAAUGCCGCCUCAACUUCAGCUUCAUUCCCUUCCGGUCAACAAGUCAUUAUCCCUUUAACUUGUUCUUGCUCCGGUGACAAUUCACAAUCCAAUCUCACCUACACAAUCCAACCAAACGAUUCGUAUUUCGCCAUUGCUAACGACACUCUUCAGGGGCUUUCGACGUGUCAAGCUUUGGAGAAACAGAACAAUGUUUCUUCUCAAUCUUUGUUUCCUGGUAUGAGGAUAGUUGUUCCGAUUCGUUGCGCGUGUCCCACGGCUAAACAGGUCAACGAAGAUGGGGUGAAGUAUCUUAUGAGCUAUACGGUGGUUUUCGAAGACACUGUCGCGAUCAUCAGCGAGAGAUUCGGGGUCGAAACGAGCAAGACUUUAGAAGCUAACGAAAUGUCUUUUGAAAAUUCUGAAGUUUUCCCUUUCACCACAAUUCUGAUUCCUUUGUUGAAUCCUCCUUCGAAUUCCAACUCUCUCAUUCCUCCUCCUCCCCCUCCUCCUCCUCCGCCACAAUCGGUUUCUCCUCCAUUGUCGCCGGAUGGUAGGAAAUCGAAAAGGAAAACAUGGGUCUAUGUUCUUUCCGGAGUACUAGGAGGAGCAUUGGUUUUGAGUGUGAUUGGUGCAGCUAUCUUUUGCCUUGGUAAGAAGAAAACGAAACCGCAAGAGGAAAGGGGAAACCUCGAUAGCUUCACGGGCAAGAAACCACCGAUGUCCGAUCAAGAAUUCGAUCCGUUAGAUGGCUUAUCAGGGAUGGUGGUAGAAUCACUAAAAGUUUACAAAUUUCACGAACUUCAAUCAGCAACAAGCGAUUUCACAUCGUCUAGUUCAAUGGGAGGAUCAGGGUACAUCGGAAAUAUCAACGGCGAUGGUGCAAUGAUCAAGAAAAUAGAAGGAAACGCAUUGGAGGAAAUCAACUUAUUGUCGAAACUAAACCAUCUCAACAUCAUCCGUCUCUCUGGAUUCUGUCUCCAUGAAGGAGACUGGUACUUAGUCUACGAACACGCUUCAAACGGAAGCUUAAGCGAAUGGAUCCACACGACGAAAUCGCUCUUAAACUUGACACAGAAGAUACAAAUCGCUUUGGAUAUAGCAACAGGGCUAAACUAUCUACACAACUUCGCUGAUCCUCCAUACGUUCACAGAGACUUGAGCAGCAACAAUGUGUUCCUCGACAUCGAGUUUCGAGCAAAGAUUGGUAAUUUAGGUUCAGCAAGAUCAACAACAGAAGAUUUCGUGUUGACCAAGCAUGUGGAAGGAACAAGAGGGUACUUAGCUCCAGAGUAUUUGGAACAUGGUUUAGUUUCAACUAAGCUUGAUGUGUAUGCUUUUGGAGUUGUCUUGUUGGAGAUUGUUACUGGUAAAGAAGCUUCUGAAUUGAAGAAAGAGAUCGAUGAAGGUAAUACGAUUGACGAGAUUUUGAUUCGUGGAAGAUUGUUACCUGAAGGAUUAGUGAGUUUUGUUGUGAGAUUGGUGGUGGAUUGUUUGAAGAAAGAUCAUUUGAAUCGUCCAUCGAUGGAUGAAAUUGUUAUGUCUUUGUCUAAGAUCUUGACGGCUACGCAGAACUGGGAAGAAUCAUCAUCGUACUAAGUUUAAGGCCCAAUAAUGUUUGGGCCUCAUUAAUUGAACCAGCAACACCUUUGUUCUUUGCUAUUGUAUACAAAAGGUCAUUAAGGAUUUAGAUGUUGGGUUGGAUUUGGUCACAAAAAAAAAUGUUGAUUAGUU